CUGAUCAACCAAGCAAACAAAAAUCUCAACUUUAAUUCAUUUUUUUGCAUAGAGUUUUUUGGGGUAUCAUCAAGUAACCUUAACUCUAUUGCUGAAACAAAAUUGAUAUUCUCUAAAAUGGGGACAACAUCAAAGGCAGAGGUCAUGAAGCCAGCACUCCUCAAAGUUGGUAUUCCUUUAGCUAUAUCUGUAGCUGGUUUUGUUUGUGCUAGGAUCAUGGCAAGGAAAAGUAGUACUGUUCUUAAGGAUUAUUCAUUGCAAACUGAGGUUACUUCUCCCAGAACCAAUGUUUGUGAUGUGUUUAAUGAUGAAGAUAGCUUUCAUAGCUUUCCUUCCACCAUGGAAGAUGAAGAACCAAUGAUCAAUGACGCUAGUCUUGCAAAUAUGGUAGAUGAUUUAGAAAGUGGGAUGAAGCCAAAAUUUGAAGAGAUUUUAGGAUUUAGAAGCCAAGUAGAAGAUCUUGAAAGGAGAGCAUGGGAGCUAGAGAAGCAGUUUGUGAGUUAUUGUGAUUUAAAAGAGCAAGAGUCUUUGCUUAUGGAGCUUAAGAACAUGGUGUUAUUGGAGAUUGCUCAUGUUGAGUUCUUGGAUAGGGAAAUUUCAUCCGCGGAGGCUGAGAAUGAAAGACUUCGAAAUUUGGUAGUACAAUUUGUGGGAGUUCUAGAGCAAUUAGAACAUUGGAAAUCAAAAAAUGGGUUGCUUCAAAGGAAGGUAAAGAGGCUUUUGAGAAGAACCAAGCAGCAAUCACAUGUUAUAAGAGAGCAAAAUAUGAAGAUUGAAGAUACAGAAGCAGAAAUUUUGAGAAAUUGUGAUGAGAUAGAAACAAGGUCUAAUGUCAUCAGGAAAUUGGAGGAAGAAGUUAGAGAGCUGCACAAAAUUAUGGACCAAAUGCAGGGGGAAAAAAAUGAACUUUUGAAUAAGCUUGAGUUGGCAGAAAAUUCAGCUUCAUCAAUCUCCAAGAUUGAAGGAGAAGUUAUAGCCAUGGAAGCUUACAAUAAGCUUGUAAAUGAACUGGAACAUCUCCAGAAGGAUCGAGCAGCUGAGGUUGGGGAAUUGAUUUUCCUAAGAUGGAUCAAUGCAUGCUUAAGGCAUCAGUUAAUGAGAAAUCAUGAACAACAACAACAACAGCAACAACAACAACAACAGAAUCAUGACAAGAAAAGUGACUCUGACCCAUGUUUUGAAGGUGGCCAAGAAAUUGGAAAUUGUAGCUUAGAGCAUGAAUUAGAUAACUCUCAUUUGGAGCACAAUGAGCCUUGCUUUGGUGUAGUUGAGACUGUUGAGGAGAGUAGUGAACAUGCUUGUUCCAAAAGGGGAAAGUUACUUCAAAGGCUUAGAAGAUGGGUGGAAGGCAGUGAUAAGGCAAGAGGGAAAUUAGAUGAUAAAAGAAGGCAUGAAAUUAAGUGCUUUGCUAGGCAUUCUGCUUCUGAUGGGGCAGAGGAACAACUUCAAGCAAGGUCUUGUUCUGGUGCAUGAUCAUGGAUUAUCAUAUUUCUUUCAUAUACAAACUUUAUAUUCAUAGCAUUAAUAAAUAUUUGCUUGGAAAAGGAGAACUUAUUUUCCAAGGGUUAGAAAUAAUUACCAAAAAAAAAAAAGAGCAAAGAAUUUAAACUUCAAAACUGUAUAUAA